GGCCACAAGGGGCACUGUAGAGUCGUGUUGUCUGUUCGGUUCAGUUUUCACAAUAUGUUGGAGUCUGAUUUUUAAACAUUUAUUUCAUUCAUUUUAAUUCAACAGUCUUGUAAUCGAGUAUUUGUCAUUGUUUCAGUGUUGGUUAGCAGUAGCCGAUUGUUUUUUUCCCCCCAACCAUUCUGAAUUUGCAAGCCUUAAGAAAGUGAAAGUGUUGCUCUUGAAACGAGUAUGACGCCUAUGAUCAUUUCACGUGACAUCCAUCGAGAUUGCGCUCGCGUGAAUUCUCCACACUCAACGCAAAUACGCCCGCCAUCGGCACGCUCAGAAUGAACUUGAUUUCUCCGACUUUUUUUUUUUUCCUUCUUCUUCUUCUUCUUCUUCUUCUUCUUCUUCUUCUUCUUCUUCUUCUUCUUCUUCUUCUUCUUCUUCUUCUUCUUCUUCUAAGUGCCAGGGAUGCAACUAAUUGACGUCUUGUGUGAAGGGUAAACAAAUGCACUGGAGGAAGUCUCCCGGCCGUCAGUCUGCCUUCACCGGAAGAGGUAUGGAAGCAAGAUGGGGAAUGAAGCUGGCAACCGAAUGCAAAGGACGUGAGUGCAGCAUAAUGAUGCUGUGCACUGCAAAUUCCAAAAUCAAUUCAGCCGCUUGCCUUCAUAUGCUAAUUGUUGGGGAGAUUGAAGCAGCCCUGGCAAAAGUACUCAUGCUCAGUCCUUAAGUAGAGGGACACUUGGAGUCUGGGUGGAAAGCCGAAAAGAAAAGAAAGCAGCUUCACGACUAAAAAGUACUUGGAAGAAGUAGAGACUCAGAAAGAUCCAAGCCAAGGAGGCCUGCGAUUGGCUGCGAGCGGCCGGCUUCCCUCAAUACGCGCAAUUGUUCAAAGGUAAAUAACCUGCCUUGGUUUUGAUCUGGAGGCUACUUCCAAUGAUGGCUCCAAGCAAAUUAGACCCUGAAAUGCGAACAAUUGUGUUGAGUUGAAAAAGUGCAAUUGGAGUCCCAAAGUAAGCUUGAUAUCAGACUGCAGGUUUCCCAUCGACGUGGAGCUCGCCAAGAGGGAUCACCGCUUCCUGGAUAAAGACGCUCUGGAUUCCCUCUGCAGGCGUCUGUUCACGUUGAACAAAUGUGCCGAGAUGAGGCUGGACCUGCCAAAGGACAAAGAUCAAAGCCACGAAGACUUUAUCGAGGACCAUCUUUGCGCCAUCAGCCCCAGGUGGACCCACGACAGGCGGAUGCGACAAUGGCGCCGCCUGGACUCCUCGACAGAACCGCUCCGCUUGACUGACACCUCCAGUUCCCCUCAGGACGACGUCAGCUCCGUUCACAGUUCCGGCAGCACCGAGAGCGAAGGGCGAAACGGGAAAAGCCCGAGAGAAGGCGCCGCCGACAGAAGCGCCGACGACCCGGCCGCCAGCCGCAGCUCCUCGCGCUGCUCCUCCUCAAACAAGACUCCGUCCUCCAUCAGCGGACCCCCGUCACCUGGAAGCGGCGGAGGAUCGUCCACCGUCAGUCUGGAAGCAUGCGUGAUGGAUAAACCGCCCCGCAAAAAGGGGACCAGCCUUCUGAGGAAGAUGGACAAACUGAGGUUGAGAGGAACAACCGGCCUCCUCUCUCCACCGAGGAACCAUCUGACCGGGAUGGUCCCAGGGUCUGUGGGAGGAAGCCGUGCGUCAUCUUUGCCCUCGUCGCCGCACGCCACAAGCAGCGGCGGCAGCAGCAACAGCCACUCUGAGAGCAGCAGCGCCGUUAGCACGCCCAGCCCUGUCGCGCGGGUCCGCAGUAACUGCAAACGCGGCGAAAUGGGCGAGGGUGUGACCCGCGACGACAACGACCAUACAAGUACCCCGGACUACAACGGCCAGAUCAACAACAACAUCAGCCACAACAGCCUGCUCUUCCACAUCCCCCACGGGCACAAACCGGGCACCUUUCCAACCUCCCUCGCCCACAAGCACGCCCUCCUGGAUCAAUCCUCUGUCAACUGGAGGACGGGCAGCUUCCACGGUUACCGGCAACGACGCGGUUGCCGCCGGGGCGCCGCGUGGCUCGACGCCUCGCCCGACCACAGGCUGAGCAUCUACGACAACGUGCCGGACGAGCGGCGGCUGUCUGAAAGCCAAAGCGGGGGGAACAACGUUAGCGACGUGGAGAGGAUGAUGGGAGACGAGGUAUCUCGACUGUUGGGAGGCGAGGACGUUUUCUCGGCUUUGGACACGGUUUUGGAAAGGAUCAACGACCUGCAGCAACUGGUCUCCACCUGGACCGAAAGUCUGUCCGAAGACGACCGUCGGCGACAUUCCGCCUCUUCUUCCACUUCCUCCUGCUGCGACGACUCGCCCGCCGACGGCUCCUCCUCCGCCGCCGCCUCCCCCUGCCCUUCUUCGUCCCCGACCCCGGAGGUUCAGCGAUCGGAAGAAGACGACGACGAGGGGGAGAGCUGCGAAGACGAUUCCGAGACUAGAUCGCCUCGAGUCAAGAGCGGUCGGCAGCUGCGCCGGUCCAGUGAGCAGAGCCUUCCCUCUUUGCCAGCCGGUCCGGGCGUGGAAAAGCAGUCCGUCUCCCAGUUGGCCCUCCUUCAGAAGCUGGCCCUGCUCAAACUCACCGCCCUGAUGGACAAGCACUCGCCGUCCAGCAAGCAAGGUUGGAGCUGGAGCGUUCCCAAGGCGACGGUGAGGAAGGCCAAGGCGCCGGCCGCCAAGGCCAGGCCGGUUUUCGGUGUCCCCCUGCUGGUCAACGUGCAGCGAACAGGAGCACCCCUCCCUCCCGGCAUCCUCAAGGCGCUUGUUUACCUCAGGACGCAAUGUCUGGACCAGGUGGGUCUUUUUCGGAAGUCGGGCUCAAAGUCUCGGACGCAGCGCUUGCGCGAGACGCUGGAGUCGGACCUUGACGGCGUCUCCUACGACGGCCAGUCGGCGUUCGACGUGGCCGACCUGGUCAAGCAGUACUUCCGGGACCUGCCCGAGCCCGUCUUCACCUUCAAGCUCUGCGAGACCUUCCUGCACAUUUACCAAUAUUUCCCCAAAGAUCAACAGCUGCCGGCGGCCCAGGCGGCCAUCUUGCUGCUGCCCGACGAGAACCGCGAGGCGCUGCGGACGUUGCUCUUCUUCCUCCGCGACGUGGUGGCCUGCGUGGACGACAACCGCAUGACGCCCACCAAUGUGGCCGUCUGCCUCGCGCCGUCGCUUUUCCACCUCAACGCCCUCAAGAGGGACGCCGGCGCCAAAAGAUCCAGUCACAGGAAGUACAGUCUGGGUCGUCCGGACCAACGCGACUUAAGCGAGAACCUGGCCGCCACGCAGGGCCUGGCCAACAUGAUCGGCGAAGCGGAGAGACUUUUCCAGAUUCCGGAGUUUUGGCCGAGCUCCUCCGCCGCCACCGACCAGCCGAUUGGGGAGGAGGAGCUGGAGCAGAACCUGAGGAAGCUCCAGCAGAAUACGCCGUUCCUCAUCAAGGAAGCCAGGGACAAAAGUCGAAGCUGGGAGAGUUGUCCCGCUCCCGAAAACGUGGAGCUGGCCGUCAAGAAGACGUGGCGGGGCUGCCCGCUGUGGACGUGGCGCGUCUCGGUGGAGGUAGACGCCGGCCGGGAGGUUUUGCUCCGCCGGCUCCUCGAGCGACCGUGGGACGACGACGCGCGGCGGGGCUCCGUCAUCCAGGCGCUGGGCGAGCGCGCCCACGUCUACCGAUACCUCCGGCUGGGCCCCGACGCCGGCCUGGCCUCCUGCCUGCCGCGGGAGCACCUGCUGCUCAGGACGUGGCAGCCGGAGGCGACUCGCGACCCGCUCUACGUGUCGUCCGUGUCCACGCAGCACCCGCACGUGCCACCGGAGGGCGUCCGAGUGCACACGCACGCUUGCCUUUACCUGCUGGAAGCCUCCGCCGGCAAGAGCCGCCUCACGCACCUGUGCCGCACCGAUACCAGAGGGCGCUCUCCGGCGUGGCACCGCCAAGUGAGCGGACAUCGCAUGGUCGCCUCUCUGCUGGCCAUCAAAGCGUCCGUGGAAGGCAGGCGCAACGAGACCACCGUUUGAGGACGCCCGCUGGGAAGGAUUGUUCAUUUGAUGUGGAGUUUUUUGAAUGCUUCAAAAAGGUAACACUUCUCACACCCUGCCAAACAGCAAGCUUUGAAAAAAAUGAAGAAUGGAACGCUCCGCAUUAUUUCAUGUACUACACUAGUAAGAUAUAUUUAUAAGCUUUGGAGUGAGGAAGUGCAAGUGAUCAGCGCCAAGCGUCUGAUUAAAAGGUUUUUAUUUCUGGGAGAAAA